CCCCUCUUCCCCCCCUCACUCUUGACCACCAUCUCCCAUCUUUGAACUAUGGCAACACAUCUCAAGUACACCUUCGAGGCACCUUGCCCAUACAAAGGCACAGCUGACUUCUCCACUGGCAUAUUCAUUGAUGGAAAGUUCACCGCAGGUUCAGAGGGAAAGACCAUCGAGGUCUUCAACCCCACCAAUGGCAAGAAGGUCUGUGACAUCUCCGAGGGUACCCCCGCGGACGUCGACACUGCCGUCAAGGUCGCCCACCGCGCUUUCCAAACCUCAUGGGGUCUCAAGGUUCCUGGUUCAGAGCGUGGUCGUCUCCUCAUGCGUCUCGCCGACCUGAUCGAAAAGAACGCCGAAGAACUUGCUGCCAUCGAGGCGCUCGACAACGGCAAGGCCUACUCCAUCGCUCUCGACUUUGACGUCACUCAGAGCGCUGCCGUCAUCCGCUACUACGGAGGCUGGGCAGACAAGAUCCAGGGCAAGACCAUUGAGGUUGACGAGACCAAGUUUGCAUAUACCCUCCAUGAGCCGAUCGGUGUUGUUGGUCAGAUCAUCCCCUGGAACUUCCCUCUGUACAUGCUCUCCUGGAAGCUCGGCCCCGCACUCGCUUGCGGUAACACCGUCGUUCUCAAGACCUCCGAGUUCACUCCCCUCUCUGCUCUCCGUGUCUGCACCCUGAUCAACGAGGCCGGCUUCCCACCCGGUGUCGUCAACAUCAUCACCGGCUACGGACAAACCGUUGGCGCUGCCAUCGCCAACCACAUGGACAUUGAAAAGGUGGCUUUCACUGGCUCAACCCUUGUUGGUCGUUCGAUCCUCAAGGCCUCGGCCAACACCAACCUGAAGAAGACGACCCUUGAGCUCGGUGGCAAGUCCCCCAACAUCAUCUUCGAUGACUGCAACCUCGAGGAUGCCGUCAAGUGGACCGCAUUUGGUAUCAUGUUCAACCACGGCCAGUGCUGCUGUGCCGGGUCCCGUGUCUACGUCCAGGAGGGCAUCUACGACAAGUUCAUUGCUUCCUUCGCCGCCCACAUCAAGACCCUCAAGGUCGGCGACCCUAUGGACCCAGACACAUUCCAGGGCCCACAGGUGUCCCAGAUUCAGUAUGACCGCAUCAUGGGCUACAUCCAAUCAGGAAAGGAGGAGGGUGCUACGCUCCUGACUGGUGGUGAACGUCACGGCAAGGAGGGCUACUUCAUCCAGCCAACCGUGUUCACCGAUGUCAAGCCUAACAUGAAGAUCGUUCGUGAGGAGAUCUUCGGGCCCGUCGUCGUAGUCGUCAAGUUCAAGGAUGAGGAUGAUAUCCUCCACCAGGCGAACGAUACUUUCUACGGUCUUGCUGCUGCUGUCUUCUCCCGCGACAUCUCCCGCGCGAUCCUCGUCGCCAGCCGCCUCCAAGCCGGUACCGUCUGGGUCAACUGCUAUAACAAGCUCCACCCCCAGGUGCCAUUCGGCGGUUACAAGCAGUCCGGUGUCGGCCGCGAGCUUGGCGAGUAUGCCCUCGCCAACUACUGCAACAUCAAGUCGGUCCAGAUCAACAUCGGUGCUCCGGCUCCUUGAGCGCCUCCUUCCCUCUCUGUGACUCGAGCUGUAUCGGUGAACGGCACUCUGGUGUAUUUGGGUAAUCCGUCUCACAUUCCCUUGUUUUCUUGCAUUUUCUCUCACGGUGUGCUGUCGGAGCGAGUGGGAAGAGGCUGGGGUCUUAUGUAUGUUUGUUGUGCACAAAAAAGAAAAUUUAGUACGUGUAUGCGCUGUAGUGGUUAUGCAACCAAUCGACUUGAUUUAUGAC